UGUCGUGUAUUUACUUUAUCCCGUUAUUUUAAACUCCGUUGCAUGAUAUUUUAAAUUCAUAUUAUAUUUUUAGUGAUUUUUAUUGGUAAAGAUUUAGAUUUUGGUUAUUUUGUAAAAUAUGCACCGUAUACCACUGCUAUUGCCAACGCCUUCCGUGUAUUGGAAUCGUGAUACACCGGAACAUACCCUAUUUGAAAAAACAAUGAACGAAAGAAAUAUAGAAGAAACAGAAUCGUUCUUAUCUACCUUGGAUGAAGAAGCAGAAAAUUUCGGGAAUAGAAAAAGAAAGAUUGUUCCCAAUCAGAUUGAAGAUGCUCAACGGCUGGUAUAUAGUGAGCAAUAUUUAGAGGGUUUAAUGUUACUUAAUAACUUGAUAUUAAGUGCACCAAAGGAAUCCGACGCUUUGGAACAAGCCUUAAAAAUGCGAGGGGGCUGGUAUCUUCAAAAAAAUUACUUAGAGGGAGCUAUAAAUGAUUACGAAAUGUUUCUAUAUUCAAUUAAAGAAAGGAACGAUUAUGCGCAGUUAUGUGAAAUACAUGGAAGUCUUACUAUAGCUUAUUAUUUACUGCGACAUUAUGAAAAAUCAAAAAAGCAUAUGAGUUCUUAUAAUAAAUAUAAAGACAAAUUAUCAAAAGAAAACUCCAAUUAUGGUAUAUUGGAAAAAAUUAACACCCAUAUUAGCAAUUUUAAACGUGAACUAGAUGAUUUCAACAAUAUGGCUCCCAAAUCUAAUACCCCAUGGCAAGAUGUGCCAUAUCUAGGAUUUAAUGAGAGGAAAGAAAUUAAGCCAAUGUCUUCAGCUUGCACUUACAUAAAUAUCGAGCAAAACGAAAGAAAAUUUUACGGUGUUUAUCCCAAAGUUGAUUUGCCUAAAGGAAGUGCUGUUUUAUUAGAAAAACCCUUGAGUACAAGUGUCAAUGUGCCAUUAGUUCAAUGUGAACUAUGUUUGUACAGCACAAGUACAGCCUAUACUUGUCUGCAUUGCCGCUAUAAAACAUAUUGCUCAAUUACUUGCAUUGAAAAAGAUCAAAGGAUACAUCAGUACGAAUGUGCCGCAUAUAAAAGUCUUAUAGUAUAUAUUUUGGAUGCGCGAGAUCUGUACCGUUUAUUUAUAAAGGUAUCCAUGCACCUCGAUGAACACGUCUUCUCCCAAAAAACAUUUCGGAAGCCAACGUCGGCAGCAGAUAUUUUGGAAAAGAUUUGGGAGAGCGUGGAUAUUGAGAACUCGGAGUUUGGUUUUAUGAUCAAUAUAUUGCGAGUUAAACCAAAUUACAAGCAAAUAAACAAUAUGCAAUAUGCCACAUUGAUUGUAACAGCAUUUCGUUUAACAAUGUUUAUAUUCAGAAAAGCCAACUUGCUACAGCGGUUUUACAAAAAACUUCGAAUACGGGAUACGGAAAAAAUGGUUGUAGUCGGUGUCAUAUUGAUGCGGCUCUUCUGCCAUUUACUUUUGAACACCUUCGAUUUCGAAUUUCUGGUUCCGUUGAUGAGGAUAAAAGAGUCUUAUAAAACAGUUUAUGAACAAAUUGCAGAAUGGACAAAAAUUAUAAAUCCAGUUCGGUUGGAGAAUACGGAAAGCAUAAGCGAACGUUUCAAUAUAGCCGAAGCAGAAAUUAUUGAGUUCUCUACACGGUCUUUGGGAAUUUCAGAAGAACAAGGAAAUAUGGUUAUUACGAAUUUUGCGCCACUUAAACACACACAGUUAUGUAAUUUCAUAGAACGACCGCUUUCUACAUUCAAAGAUAAGUUAGUGGAACUAUAUUUUAGCCCAAGUGACAUGCAAUAUAUAAUGUAUGGUGAGAUGGCUGAUAUACCAACUUCUUUCAAAUCAAUAAGUGUGUCAAUAGCGGAAAUGUCACGUAUGGAACGCCGCAAAUUCGUACGCUCAUUUGUGAGUAAUUUUCACAUACACUUCUUGGAUUACUUCUUACAGUUGGGAGUACGCUUUAAUCAGGUGCAUCAGAUAUUAUCACUACAAUGCCCUACUCUACGAAAAUUCAAACAUUCAUGUAAUCCAAAUGUGAAUAUUGUUUUACUUGAUAAUGGUUUGCUAAUGGGAACAACCAUACGAGAUAUAAAAAAAGGAGAGGAGUUAGUUGUUUCAUACAAAGCAAAUUUUAUGCGGCAUACUCGUAUGGAGAGGACUGCAUUUUUGAAGCAUAUAAAUAUUCAAUGUCAGUGUAAAGUUUGUCAGAUUCCUGUGGAAACCGAGUCUAUCGAUAUCCGACAAGGUAUUUAUUGUGCAACCUGUCCUGCGCACAUUUUAACUCCGAGUCAAGAAAAAUGUUCCAAAUGUGGAAAAAAUUUCAACAUCUUGCUAUUAAAAUAUCGAAAGGAAGUGGCAGUAAUGGAACAUACCAUUGAAUCCCUUACGAAUCCUGAAUCUGAUGAAAGGAAACUGUAUUUAAUAAAUUCUAUACUUUAUCUGCGCAUUAAGAAUCACUUCGUUCCUUCGAAUGAACAUCGCAUUCAAGUUGAACUGAGAUAUGCAAGAUAUCUAGCAUUAAAAAAUUUUGCUCAACAAUCGUAUCAGGUUUUGAACGAAAUUAAAAUGAACACUGCUCAGCAUUACGACACAGAUUUCCUUUGGUUUUCUUUUUAUUCUGAAAUGCUACUAAUAAUAAAAAUUAUCAUGCAUUACAAUGUCGAUGAAAAACUUAACCCAAUGCCUCUAUGUUUUUUGGAAGACCUUUGUCAAUUUGCUUUAUAUGUACUAAAUGGCCAGCGUGAGAAGCUGUGUCUAUUAAAAAGAGAUACCAAGGAAUAUACUGAGAUAUAUGAUGAGAUAAAGAUUUUCAAGAAAUGGAAAGAGAACCUUCAUUACAUUGGUUCCAAACUUAAUACGUCUAUUUCCGAAGAAAAUAAGAGCAUAAGAAGCGAAACAGAAAAUCUAACUAACUUGGCUGCUGAAAAUAUUUGAUUGUAGUUAAAGACAUUUAUUUCAUUAAAAUUUAAAUGUAAAUUCGUGACGCACAUAUGAAGAAGAUAGUUUUCGUAUCUUGAAUAAUGUUGGUUUCAGUUUAAGUAUAAAUUGUUUAAUUAUUAGUCACUAAAGUGCUUGUGUCAACUUUGUUGAUUUUUGUGCAUAAUAUUGUAAAAAUGUACUUACAUGAAGUCCGGUUAAUAAUUUCUAUGUUUACGCGAAGUAAUUAUUUUUACUAUAUUUUAUUAAUUGUUCAACGUUUGUUUUAUAUAUAUAUAUAUUUUAUAUUGGUAAUAUAGUUUACGUAGAGACAAAGAAUUGUAUGUAUAUAUUUCGUACAUUUUCUGCUACAAAAAUUAUAUAAUUAUUAAUAAUAAAUUCUUUUAGGAGUUCGUCUUGAAUUCUCCGCAUACAUGUCUCAAUCUAUGAGAACAUUUUUUGUUGAAACCAUAGAUUUAAGAUAGCACGUUAUUUACGUAAUAUUAAAACUAUUAAAAAUGCUCAUGUUUAAAACAUAUAUCGUUAAAUAAACACGUUUUAAUGCUAAACAAAUUGUUAAAAUUUCUCUAUGUGAAUAAUACUCUUCAAAAUAUCUGGUUGCAUUUAGCUUGGUGCAUUACUUUCAUCAUUUACCAUAAUGAUAUGGAAUUCCACUUAAAGUAUCACUAGUUGACACAAAUGGUUUCUGAUCAAUCCACUUUGUCAAAUCAACUUGCUGAAUAUCGGCGCAUGGCAUAACGGGGUUUCUGGAAUAAGUUUUAACAAUUAUGUAAUUAUAGUCUUGUGUAAUAUUUUGUUAAAAUAAAAUUAUAUUUUAUGCAGACGGUUACUGUUAUUACUUACGAUUUAGAAAUGGUUAUGAAAGCUUGGGGCUGGAUUGAUGCGAUUUGAUUGCCAUUAUCGCACAGUAAACGAGCCAUGCUGGCUUUGCGAAUUUCGGACAGUUGUUCUAAAAAAAAUUAUUUAAUAUUUUAUUUUUAAUCAUAAAGUGAAUAUAAAGCUCAGCAAAAAAUUAUAUAUGUAAAUAUAUCUAUUAUUGAGUUGCAUAUUGCUUUGUACCAGUACGAAGCAUUGAGUUCAAAAAAGGCAAAAUGCUUAAAAUAUGCAAAGUAUUGUGUUUAAAUUUUUUGUACGCAUCGAAAAAUAAUACAAAAAAAAAACAUUUUAUUAAGCGUUAUUCAAAUUAUACAGGCUUUUAAAUAAUAAAGACUGGUUUAGAUUGACAACUGGUGAUAUAAAAUGGAAUAUAAUGCAUAAUACAAUUUGUAUGUGCUGAAUAUAAUGUAUAAAAUUAAUUUACUUUAUACACGAUACUCCGUUGGUCAUUGAGCGUCAAUAUAUGUAUAUGAACUUAUAAAAAUAUAUACAUACAUAUAUCAAGUAAAAAUAAUAAUAUUACCUUCAGUAAAUCCAGUCAAUCGGUCGCCAUUUUCAUACCAGAACCGAUCACCAACGCGUGUACGAUAGAAUUGUUCGGUAAGAAUGCAUAGGAACGUGGGGCCAGCAAGUGCGCCAGCCACAUGAGCCUCCACUGAUCCACCCACAGUAAGAUCUACAUCCUCGUGGCUUGCAUAUAAGGUUUUCAUUUUUUCAAUAACCUACAAAAUAACAGUAUAUAUUUUAGCCUAUUUUUAAAAGACAUUACAUACAUCGAGUUCAAUAAGAUCGCUAUAAUCCUCCCAGCUAUUUGCGCGUUUUACACCACAAAAUUCUCUUAAGUCAUUGUAAGACGCCAAUCCAUGGUCCCGAUUUCGCUGAAUAUCAAUAGCCCUCAGAUCACCGCCGAACGGCAUGUUGCGUCUCAAUAAGAAAUGCUUUAUCUAUAAAGUUAAGAGCGAAAAAAUAGUUUUUUACCAAUAAAUGCGCAACGACAUAAAUGGACAUUUAUUAAGAGAAAUUAUUCUAUUAAUUUUCAUACCUCUCUGUCAAAAUUGAUGUCGGUUAGCUCUUGGGGUUGUGUCGCAUGACCUCGAGUUAACGAGUCGAAAUUGUCGCCGACUUCAAUAAUGGCUGGACGAUUCAUCCAAUCGCUUAAUCGCAGUGAUCCCAAUACUGAUCGCAAUUCAGAAACCAAACUAAAAAUAGCGAGUCUUAUACAUAUACAAAGAAAUAAGUAAAAUUUUUACUUACUCAAGACGACCUUCUAUUUGUGAAUGAAAAUACCUAAAAGCAGCGGUCGCGUGUUCAUUCAAGACAGAUGGAUCAAUUGAGCUAUCGAAAUCGUUAAUGAAAUUUCGAGAUGAGGUUUUGUAAAUGAGUCGAUUCUUUAACAUAUUUUCGGCUCCUAGAAAUAUAGGCAACCACUCGUAGUAACUAAUAUGUUGAUAUUGAGCAAUAUUUAUUUUGCGUGCCUCUUGAAAUAGUGUGCGAUCAUUGUAAUGCGGAUUAAGUUUAGCCAGUGCAUCGGCAAUGCGAUUAUGUUCUCUGAGUAAAAUAGUGUGUAAAAUAGUUAAACCGGGAUUUUGAUUCACACGAAUGUCACCCGCUUGAUAACAGACUUCACCAGGUGGCGCGGCAUCACAGUCGCUAGAAGCAUUGCGCGAUGGAGGGAGAUAUUCGGCACCAUUCCUUUGAACAACGCGCAUACGGCCGCCCUGAAAAGCCCGGAUCUCACUAUUUUGUUGAAUAGAAUUGCCGUAAACUAAUGAGAGAUCCGCGUAUGAUGUUACAGCAGUCAAUUGUUCUGCUGGACCUUGCUCAUAAAGACAUUUAAUAUCACGAUCUGUUAGUGUACGCACAAAAUCCAGACACUCAGUGCCUACUUGUGAGUAUGCGGGAUCAUUGGGUGGCACAAUUAUAGGAUAACAUGUUGCGUGAGCUUCAUUCGAUGCUAUUAGGCGACCAUUGUCAGUACAACAGCGCGUUGGAUGCUUUUCUAUAUGCAAAGAGAGUAAUGUGAAAAAAUAUUAAGGCGUAAAAUUUAACCAGACAAAAAUUACAAAAAAAUGCUUACUGGCUUGUGUUCCUCCAGCCUGCAUACUCAUAUCGUGUGUCAUUAUCUGGCCCCAUUGCAUAUUGACUAGAGUAAAAUGCGGAUCUGGAACGUCCAUUUCACCGAAGACAACAAGUGAAAUUAGCCUGGCAUUUGGCAAUUCUUCACCAGUUAUUGAACGCGUUGGCAAUGAAAUCCCAUCUCCGUAUUUUGGUGAUAGAAGUCGUCCAUACCUAAAACAUUGCAAUACUCAAUUAUUUUUUAUUACAAAAUCAAAACCAAAAUGAGUACUAAUUUAUCGGCUGAUCGCGUACCCUCAACAAGACAAUACUGUUUAAAGCCAACUUGAGAAGGAUUAAAUCUAAUAAUUGGCCAACUGUAAGACUGAUGGCGAUUACUUCGCCGCCAGUUUCGAGCCUGAGACCGAUUUCGAAGCAAAAGGUAUAAUGGUAUCACGUUCAGUAAGAAUUUGAUAGUUGUUAAUGGGUUAGGGGUAGUCAGGAUUUCCAUUUCAUUUUCGUUAAGUGUAUUGUCUUAAAACUACAUAUUCCCUGAAUAUUUGAAGUUUAUCCGAUAAUUACUUUUUGAGUUAUUCGACAAAUAACAAGAGCGCUCGGGUACUCCAAAACGCUAGAAUCAAACUUUAAAUGCGUUUUUCUCAAAACUAUGUUUUUUGAACCGGUGACAACUAUAACUCGAAACCCGUUCGGUAGAUUUUAAUGAAAUUUAUACAUCUUUUGGAAUACAUAAUAAUACUGGACCUGAUCGAAGCUUUUUUAAUUUAGAUUUUUUAUGAUCAAUUAACCGAAAAUGUAGAAAAUUAUUUCCCGAGGCUGCCAUUUUGUUAAUUUUUGAAAAGAACAAAAACAAAAAAGCUUAGAUCAGGCAUAGAAUUGUCUAUUUAUACCUAACUAUUUUUUUCUUAACUGUCUGAUUUUAGAUGAAUCUCCAAGGACUUAUAGAUGAAUCUCCAAUGAUUGUCACCGCAAUGACCUUUUUUUGGAACUGGGUCAACACAAACAGCUAUAAGUUUGGAAAUUAUAAUUUUUUUUUCAAAUUUUCGUGACUUCAAGUCAAACCAUUGUUUAAUAAUGUCAAUUAUUACUUUUGUAAAAUAACAUGAUUUAAUAGCAAAAAAAUUACUGAAAAUUCUAAUUUUUCUAAUUGGACUAAUUUGAAAUCUGUGAGAACAUUUAUUUGUCCCCCUUCCGAGCAGCAGCAAAUACCACACAACAAAAAAUACAACGUACCUUGAAUUGGCAACUCCCACCGGUGGAUUAUCCAAAUGAUUACAGGAUCCAUCCAUGCUUCGGUACGCCGAAUUCUCGCAUCUAGCUGGAGUCAUGGCACAUAUUGCUUCGCCACCGAUAGGAAAAUGCGCGCCAUAAGCCGGAUUGAACUGAGCAAAUGGGUUGCUUUGCGCGGGAGACGUUGUGCUAAAAGGAUUAUUUACAACAUAUUUUUUUCUAUAAUCAUUUGCCAAAAUAUUGAAACGAGCAUAUUUGAAUAAGCAUUUGGUAUUGAAAUGCAGCAACACGGCAAUGUUUUAUGUUUCGUUAUGUAUGUAUUCAUACCCUUGUAUUCCAUUUGACAGCAGUAUUGGUGGGGGAGGUGGACUUUGAUAGCGUGGUGCGUUCCCUUGAUGAAACUCAAACGCUUGAUGGAAUGAAUUUUCACUGUGAACAAUAUGGUAUCCUGAACUUGAAAUUUUACUCAAUCCUUCAGUUAGGCAUCUUCUUGACACUA